UUUCCUGCGUUUCUCUUUCAGAUGAAAGUCUUCAUCUCUCCUCAUCAUCACUCUGUUCAGGCUGCAGACCGUCUGGUGACAGGAUGAACCUCCUCAAGGGUUUUCUGCUCCUGUGUGUUGGUUUAGAUCCAUCCUGGGGUGUUUUGUCCCACGCUCUUGUUGUGAGUCAGAGUGCCGACGUUUCUGUCCUAGAGGGAAAGACAGUGAACGUCACUUGCUGCUGGACUGGCACUGCCGACAGAGUCGGCCUCAAAUGGCUGAAAAACCAAACGUUAAUUAAGAACAAGACUGUCAUGAAUCAGCCUGGAGGCUCUUGGAAGGAGCAUAAAAACAAAUGUGAGAAUCUGACGUUGGAAAAUAUUAAAAGAACUGACUCAGGAACAUACAUCUGCAAGGUCAGCGUGGAAAUACCAGUUUUGACUGAAAGUGAAGGAACUGGUACAGCCAUCAGAGUUACACCCAGAGAGAACCCAGCCGACAGCGCAGACCACCAGACUGGAAACGAGAAGAAGAGGAUAGAUGAAGGAGGUGAAGACAAAGGAGAUGACAACAGUAAAACCCACAUUGCAGACAAAGAUAAAGAGAAGGUAGUCAUACACAAAGAGAAAACAACUGACAGACCAAUUAAUCACGUGACUGAAGAUAAGUGGGAGAAAACCAGAGAGAAAUCGGGAGAGAGAGAAAACCAACGACCAGCUGACGACGGUUCCCAGGAGCUAGUGUUCACCUUCAUCCUGAGGUCCCUGCCCGUCGUCGCACUCAUCACUGCCUUCUUUUGGCUCUACUACUUAGGGACUAAAGCCCAGAGAGAAAACCCAGCUGCUUCUGGAAAUAAAGCGUCUUCGCAACGAUGCACAGAGGAAAACCGAGAAGAGACUGUGACAAAAGAAGCAAGAGGGAAACGGACGAAGGCCGGAAUGUCUAAUGAUCAUCAUGUUGAUCCAGUAGAGGACGUGGACUGAACUGCCUAUAGGUCCAUUUAUUUUUACUUUCAGUCAGGCCACUUGUAGGUCUCAGGGAUGUUGGAGCCUAUCUCUAAUAGUCAAUGCGUGAGAGGCAGGAUUUCUCCCUGAACUGAGCUGGCUAAUAGCCCAACAAAGGUCAACGUGGACACAAACUAGACAAAAACAUUCAAACACAACUAAGUGUAAGGUAAAGUAUCCAGUCAACCAAACAUGUAUGGUUGUGGAGGAAGGAAAGAAGUAAGAAAGUAAGAAGUAACUUUAAGUGCUUCAACAAACAAAAUAGUAACUACAAACUUACAAGAAAUUUGUGUACGUAUGGGUGAAGGGCCAGGGCAAAGUGCAAUGUUCCUUUUCAACCCCAAAUAGGAUUUUGUAUGGAAGCCAGAAAAACAGAAUAUCAUUAAAACAGUUGAACCGUUUAGCUGGAUUGGUUAAAACAUGUUUUAAUGAAGGUAUUGUGAUAUUAAAUAUAUAAGGUGUGCAAUGUAAUACCGGUACGCACACAAAUUUCAUGUCCUUGUCAUGUAAAAAACUGAAGACAUUUUACUUACUUUUUUUGUUAUUAAUCUGGUGCAAUAAAUCACAGAGAUCUUGCUUAGCCAAGAUUUUUCAAGUUGUGCUAGUUUGUUACCUUAUCGGUGGAACAUGUACACAAAUUUACUAUCCAAUAUCAGUUCAAGACUGAACUAUCUAGUGUCCAGUCACAACCAGAAGAAAAUAAACAUUUGGACAUUUAUUUUUGUGUGAAAUAGAGAGCUUGUGAUAACACUUCAAGGGUUAACUGUUGC